AGAUUUUUGCUUAGUUACUGAAGCAGACAAAUUCAACGUUCAAAACACAUACGUUACUUUAGGUCCUUUUCAUUCUAAAAAAACAAACAAAAACUAAAUGUUGAUUGUUAGAUAUAGCCCUUUUUCACAGUUUUGUAUUUUGGUUAAUUUAUGAGAUCCUUUUGUGGUACAGAAGUCGUCUGUAGACGACUACUAUGUUAGAAGCUUCAAAAAUUAUGUGGGUAUGUUAGUUGAUCUACUAAAAGAAAUUGUUGUUUUGUUUUGGUUUCGAUUAUAUUACUUUUUUGACGAUUUGGAAGGUUGUAACAAAAAUGGAAGGCAGGAGCAGAAAAAGGGAUGUAUUACUUAGCAAAUUGUAUUCAUUUGGAUGUAUAAAACCAAGUUUUAAUGAAGAACAUUCACAAAUUGGGCAAAGGGGUUAUGCAAGAGUGGUGCAUUGUAAUGAUCCAGAUAACCCAGAAGCAAUUCAGCUAAAUUAUAGGGGGAAUUAUGUAUCUACUACUAAAUAUACUGCUGUUAAUUUCAUACCCAAAUCAUUGUUUGAGCAAUUUCGUCGAGUUGCGAAUUUGUAUUUUCUUAUUGUUGCUUGUGUAUCUUUUAGUCCUUUGGCACCUUAUGCUGCUGUUAGUAUUGCUUUCCCUUUGGCUGUUGUUGUUGGAGCUACUAUGGCGAAGGAGGCUGUCGAAGAUUGGAGGCGAAAAAAGCAGGACAUAGAGGCAAAUAAUCGGCAGGUUGAGUUAUUUGAUGGUAGCAAUCAAAUCUUUGUUGAAUCUAAGUGGAAAGAACUUAGGGUUGGUGAUGUUGUUAAAGUGUAUAAGGAUGAACAUUUUCCAGCUGAUUUGCUCUUCCUCUCUUCAAAUUAUGAGGAUGGAAUCUGCUAUGUAGAGACCUCAAAUCUUGAUGGAGAAACAAAUCUGAAGUUGAAGCAUGCUUUGGAAGUCACAUCCUGCUUGCAAGAUGAAAGCUCCUUGUGUCAAUUUAAGGCACUAACCAAGUGUGAAGAUCCCAAUGAAAAUCUGUACUCUUUUGUUGGAACCUUGUACUAUAAUGGAAAGCAGUAUCCUCUUUCUCUGCAACAACUUCUUCUGAGAGACUCUAAACUCCGGAAUACUGAUCAUAUUUAUGGUGUGGUGGUUUUCACUGGACAUGACACAAAAGUAAUGCAGAAUGCUAUCAAUCCACCAUCAAAGAGAAGUGGGAUUGAAAAACGAUUGGAUAAAGUCAUCUAUAUUCUUUUCAGUUUUGUUAUUGUGAUAUCUUUUACUGGGUCUGUUUUCUUUGGUAUUACAACUAAAAAGGAUAUAUAUGAUGGAAAGUUGAGAAGGUGGUAUCUUCGACCAGAUAAGGUUACUGUCCUCUUUGACCCGAAAAGAGCAGCUUUAGCUGCCUUUCUACAUUUGCUAACUGACCUCAUGCUCUAUGGCUACUUGGUUCCCAUCUCAUUGUACAUAUCUAUUGAGAUUGUCAAGGUCCUACAGUGUAUUUUCAUAAAUCAGGAUCAGCAUAUGUAUUGUGAGGAAACUGAUAGGCCUGCUCAUGCACGUACUUCAAAUUUGAAUGAAGAGCUUGGUCAAGUACAUACUAUAUUAUCUGAUAAGACUGGUACAUUAACAUGCAACUCUAUGGAAUUUGUCAAAUGUUCCAUAGCUGGUAUAUCAUACGGACAAGGGAUGACUGAAGUAGAGGCUGCUCUAGCCAAGAGACAAGGGAAACUAAUUCCCCCUGGGGUACUGGGUGCAGGAAGUGACCACAAUACCUCUGAUAAGCCAGCCAAAGCUUUUAAUAUUAAUGAUGAACGCCUCAUGAAUGGAAGGUGGGUCAAAGAACCUCAUUCACAUAUGAUACAGAAAUUUUUCAGAGUGUUGGCAAUCUGCCAUACAGCCAUUCCUGAUGUCCAUGAGGAAACAGGUCAAAUUUCCUAUGAGGCUGAGUCACCUGACGAAGCAGCGCUUGUCAUAUCUGCAAAGGAGCUUGGUUUUGAGUUUUUCAGAAGGACACAGACGAGCAUAUUUUUGCAUGAGUUGGACCAUGAGACUGGACAAAUGAUAGAUAGGGUGUAUGAACUUCUUCAUGUUCUAGAAUUCAGUAGCUCACGCAAAAGAAUGUCUGUAAUCGUCCGAAAUGAAGAAAAAACGCUUCUCCUUCUGUGCAAAGGGGCAGACAGUGUAAUGUUUGAGAGACUAUCUGAAGAAGGGCGGCAAUUUGAAGCAGAGGUUAAGGCUCAUAUCAAGAAAUAUGCUGAGGCAGGUUUAAGAACCUUGGUAGUUGCAUAUCGCGAGCUUAAUGAAGAAGAGUUUGCAAAGUGGGAGGAGGAGUUUCAGAAUGCCAAAACUUCUGUAAGUGCUGACCGAGAUGCAUUGGUUGACGCAGCUGCUGAUAAGAUUGAAAAGCAGUUGAUUCUACUUGGCGCUACAGCUCUUGAGGAUAAACUGCAAAAGGGGGUGCCUGAAUGCAUUGAGAAACUUGCCCAGGCAGGCAUCAGUAUAUGGGUCCUAACUGGUGAUAAGAUGGAAACAGCAAUUAAUAUUGGUUAUGCAUGUAGCCUAUUAAGGCAAGGUAUGAAGCAAAUUGUGAUCUCGCUGGAUUCACCGGAAAUAAUUUCAUUGGAAAGACGUGGUGACAAGGAAGCCAUUGCAAAGGCUUCCCUGGAUAGUGUAAGGAAGCAAUUGGGUGAUGCCAAGUCUCAAAUUAGGAUUGCCAAGUCACAAAAUAGAGAUGCAAAAGACACUCGCACUGAAUUUGGAUUGAUAAUUGAUGGGAAAUCUCUAGCUUACGCUCUAGACAAAAAUCUAGAAAUAUCUUUUCUAGAUGUUGCAACUGGCUGUGAUUCAGUUAUAUGCUGUCGUUCUUCACCCAAACAGAAAGCUCUUGUGACAAGAUUGGUCAAAAUACAAACAGGUAAAACAACAUUGGCAAUCGGUGAUGGGGCAAAUGAUGUUGGCAUGAUUCAAGAGGCUAAUAUUGGAGUUGGUAUCAGUGGUGUGGAAGGAAUGCAGGCCGCUAUGUCAAGUGAUGUCAACAUUGCUCAAUUUCGUUUUCUUGAGCGCUUAUUGCUUCUGCAUGGUCACUGGUGUUACAGGCGUAUAUCAACGAUGAUAUGUUACUUCUUCUAUAAGAACAUUACAUUUGGGCUAACUCUUUUUUGGUUCGAAACACAUUCUUCUUUCUCUGCUCAACCUGCGUAUAAUGAUUGGUACUUGUCGACCUAUAAUGUCUUUUUCACUUCACUUCCGGUGAUUGCACUUGGUGUAUUUGAUCAAGAUGUUUCAGCACGGCUUUGCUUAAAGAAUCCUGACUUAUAUGCUGAGGGAAUUGAGAACAUCCUUUACAGUUGGCCACGUAUACUUGGGUGGAUGUUCAAUGGUCUCUGUAGCUCAAUGAUUAUCUUCUUUUUGACCACUAGUUCUCUGAAGCACCAUGCAUUUCGGAGUGAUGGCCGUGUGGUUGAUUUUUCAGUGUUGGCAGCUACAAUGUACAGUUGUGUAGUCUGGACUGUCAAUUGUCAAAUGGCACUGUCCAUCAACUACUUUACUUGGAUACAGCAUUUCGUCAUAUGGGGUAGUAUAGCCUUGUGGUACAUUUUCCUGCUCAUAUAUGGUACUCUUCCUCCUACCUUUUCAAAAUCGGCUUAUCUGAUUUUAGUAGAGGUCUGCGCUCCCAGUCCUUUAUAUUGGAUAAUUAUUGUUUUCGUUGUCUUCUCCACUCUUCUCCCUUAUUUCACCUUUAGAGCUAUCCAAUUGCGGUUUUGGCCGAUGCCACAUGAUGUUGUUCAGCUUGAUCGGAAUAGAGGUACAAGGGGUGAUGUAAGUAACGGAACAUAACAUUAGGAUCAAAGGAUGUAACCUGAUUGACGUAUGUAGUUAGUAUUUUAUUUCGAAUACAUACAUUUUUAUUUUUAUUUUUUUAUAUAUACCAUGACUUGGAGCUUUGAAGGCGUCAAUUUGGAAGCUAAGAUUUUAUUCUGUCAUGGUUCAGGACUUCAGGUGAAGCUAAUUAGGGUUGCAAACCCAUUGCCUAUA